UGUAUGUUCGGUCUGACUGCGCUGUUUACCUUUAGUGGUAGAAGCCAGAUUCUAGUCAAUUCUCCUGAACCUUUCAACUGAAUGGUGGAAGGGUGGAUGGCUGGGCAGAACGAAUUGAUGUUACCUGUAGCUCCCUCAAGUGGAGGGAGAUGAUGUCACCUAUGUCAGCGAUGGCGGUGCCACCGCGGAAGUUUUGGAUCUAUUGUCUGCCAUUAGUAGGGAACCUACAGCUGUAUAAUUGUUCAGUUAUAUUAACUGAAAUGAAAUAGCAGUGAAACCAAGUACUAUGUUGAAAUAAGUGCUGCUUCAAUACUGAGAGUCCAGUAUGAACAUAGCCAAAAAAGCUGAACUCUAGAAUUAUGACACAGAAUUGCUCUUUGUGUGACAAAGUCUUUGUCACUAAAGAAGCUCUUGACGAGCAUCUUUUAAAUCACCAAGAGAAGAAGACAGUAGUACGCAGAAGAGGAAGGCCUGGCAGUAAAAUUGCCUGUGAAUGCUCAGAAUGCAAUGAAGUUUUCUUCAGGAGAUGUGAUCUUCGACUGCACAGAAGGAUAAUGCAUCAGCCAAAUAAAGUAGUGUGUACUGUAUGCAGUCGAAGUUUCAGUAAUGAAGGACGUUUGAAAAUGCAUUACCAACAUCACAAUGUUGGAGGUGGGUAUGAAUGCGUUUAUUGCUCAAGGGAGUUCAAUAAGGGCUGGAAAUUGAAGAUUCACGUGGUUAAUCAUAGUGGCAAAGCACCAUAUAUUUGCUUGUACUGUAAAGAAGAUUUUCUUUAUCCAGGUAAAAUUGUGGAUCACUUGAAACGAGAACAUGAUAUAUUCUUAGCAUGCAGAGAUUGUGGGUUAGGUUUUAGAACUAGCAUAGAACAAGAAAACCAUAUUUGUAAGCUGUUUGAUUGCAAAGAUUGCAAUAUGUCAUUUUGCACAAGCAAGGAAUUAUCAUCACAUGUAGAAAGUCAUAAAGUAAAGAGUGAAAAUUUUCCCGUAGAAAAAGAACCUUCUCAGACAAACCAUGAUAGCAUGAUUUUUACUGCCAAUGAGAUGUUAUUAGCUUCUUUUUCUAAUAGUGAUGUAAUUCCCUCUUUGUGUGCCACAAACAAAGCUUCAACUCUACCCGAUAGCUUGGGAAAAAGUAAAAUUGACCCUUGCAGUGAAAGUGAAUUUCCAGUGUGCGUGCAGUUAGAAAGAGAAAAUGCUACCUGCACAGAAAGUAAAACUCCACAGUGUGCCCAGGGAGAAAACCAAAAUUAUCCUUAUGAAAAAAAUAAAUCCCUUGUGUGUAUCCAACUAGAAACUGAUAAUGAUUUUUGUGAAGAAAAUAAAAUGCUACCAAGUACCCCAAUGGAGAGCAAAAAUAUUUCAUGUGCUGAGGUGCAAAAUAAAAAUACUGUGUGCAAAGGAAAUAAAAUCCCUCCCCAAACCCAAUUUGAAAGUAGAAAUAAUCUACAUAAAAGCAGUAAAACUGUGCCGUUUCUCAUGGUGGAAAAUGAAGAUGGUCAUUACAAGCCCCCUUUGUUAAUAGUACAAAUGUCAGCUACUACUAAGCCAGAUACUAUUAAAGGUAAUGUGCCAUCAAAAGUGAUAGCAAAGAAAUUGAGUUUUGUCAGUCCUCAGUGCAAUGAGAGUGUUAAAUCCAAACUUAAUGAACAAGCCUUAUCAAUGGUAAAUGUAUCAAGCAAAAAUACUAUAGAUGAGCUGUCAACUCCCAAAAGUGGUACUGGCUUCGAUAUUUCAUGUACCAUUGAACCAGAUAGUUGCUUUAAUAAACCUGUAGCGAGUAAAAAGUCAGUCAUUGAUGUGCCAUCAAACUCAUUUCCAAAGACUGAAGGACUUGAAUCUAAAGUUUGCAGGUUCAAAGUUGCAAAGCCAGGUCUAGUUUCCUCUAGAAGACACUUUAUUAACAUUUUGAAAAAGAACCCUGUGAACUCAAAAGUGAAUCAAGAACAGGCAUCACCAAAUGCCAAGCCUGAGCAAACAUCACUAGAGUUAUGGUUGACAAGUGACGGUUCGUGCGUAACCAGUGAUUUUGUGUUUGGGCUGGAAACUAAAGGUUCUGAGAGGUCUUUGGAUUCACCAUGUAAGGUUUAUAAGAUUGAGAAGGAACGCUAUGAUAUGACUUUUGAGGAUCUCUGCCAGUUUUAAUAAUUUUAUUUUCUUUUGUCAUCCAAAAGCAUAGUUUUAUCACAGUAAUAAGCAUUUGUAAAUUACCAUAAAUAAGGAUAGGUACUGUACUGUAUAUCAGGGAUAACUAAGGAUGGGCAUUAUAUUUAUUGUUAUUUAAAUGUACAAGUAAAAUUCUUCAAAUAUAUCUGUAACUUGUCAGCCUUUCAGUACUACUGUAAAUUCUAGUUGUAGUAAACAAAAGGUAUCAAUAUACAUAAUGUAUAUUGUACCCUCUUCUGUGAUUUUGUAUUGUAUGGAAGACUAGUAAAGAGGUUUUUUUUUUUUUUUUGGUGGGGGGGGAAUAUUGCAAUAUUGCCAUUAUAUGAUUUGGGAACUUCAUUGAUAUUCAGUUGGCAGCUAAUUCUCUAAAUCUUAUUUACAGCUAAUUCACCAGAUGCUCUGUUUUAUUGAUGAUUCUUAAACAAAUGAGACCAUCUAAGCAAUGACUUUUACCCCAUAAAGUAUAGGGUUUAGACAGAAUAAUGAUGUAUUUGAGUACUACUAUAAGAAAUAUGCAAAUAAUGUAAGUAGCCAGUGCUUUACAAAACUUUACUUGGGAAUGAGCUUAUUGCCCUGUAGUUGAAGACUAGUGAAGGUGUAGUUCAUACAUACUACUGUACUUUUAAUAGAAAUUUUCUUACUUUUGAAGUGAACUUGCUCGGUGCUUAGCAAAACAUGUGCAUUUACCUUAUAGUAGGUAUUUAUUAUAUGUGAAAGAACAAGUUACUACUAUAUUUUUAUUUUCAGUAAUAGUUCAUGUUCCUUAACUUCAGACAUAAUUAUGUAUGUGCUGGCUAAUGAGAGUUGAUCAUCAGUAUGUAAUUGAAAUAUCAGGACAAAAUUCUUAUUGAUUUUAUAGCUUUAUGUAAUUUAUAUCCUUUUGCAGAUGUGCUUCGACCACUUGGGAAAUUAUAUUUUUUGGUAGUACUUGCAAGUUGUGCAAUAUAGUGUAAAAUUAAAUUUAAUCAUUUUAGUUUGUGAUUGUAUUUCAUAAAAAGAAAGUGAAAUCUAAUGAUGGGUUGAUGUCUCAUUGUUAUCUAUUAGCUGAUCUGACUUUUCCUAGAUUUGUAAUCUCAUUAGAAUGAAUAUUUGUGUUAAGGCUGUAAUCAUGGAAGAGUGUCACAAGUUUGUUAUGCCUCAUUUAUAUGGGAUCA